CAACUUCAGAGACUUCCUCCAGUUCGCCUUCCACAGUCACUUUAGAAAGCACUAGUUUUGCUCCAUCAUCUCCAGAACAAAGUACUGAAACAGCUGUAACAGGCACUAGUACAACAGAGAACAAAGCAACAACUCCUGAGACUUCUGAGACAAUGACAUCCGCACACCCUGAAUCACCAACUGCUUCUAUUACAACAAUGGCACAAACAGGAACAACACAAUCUACAGAGUCUGUCCCACCAGUCACCACCAAUGAAAUUACUCUAACUACCACCAUUGACCAUUCCACAACAACUUCAGAGACUUCCUCCAGUUCGCCUUCCUCAGUCACUUCAGAAGGCUCUAGUUUUACUCCAACAUCCCCAGAACAAAGUACUGAAACAGCUGUAACAGGCACUGGUACAACAGAGAACAAAGCAACAACUCCUGAGACUUCUGAGACAAUGACAUCCGCACACCCUGAAUCACCAACUACUUCUAUUACAACAAUGGCACAAACAGGAACAACACAAUCUACAGAGUCUGUCCCACCAGUCACCACCAAUGAAAUUACUCUAACUACCACCAUUGACCAUUCCACAACAACUUCAGAGACUUCCUCCAGUUCACCUUCCACAGUGACUUCAGAAGGCUCUAGUUUUACUCCAACAUCCCCAGAACAAAGUACUGAAACAGCUGUAACAGGCACUGGUACAACAGAGAACAAAGCAACAACUCUUGAGACUUCUGAGACAAUGACAUCCGCACACCCUGAAUCACCAACUACUUCUAUUACAACAAUGGCACAAACAGGAACAACACAAUCUACAGAGUCUGUCCCACCAGUCACCAGCAAUCAAAUUACUCUAACUACCAACAUUGACCAUUCCAAAACAAUUUCUGUGACUUCCUCCAGUUCGCCUUCCACAGUCACUUCAGAAAGCACUAGUUUUGCUCCAUCAUCCCCAGAACAAAGUACUGAAACAGCUGUAACAGGCACUGGUACAACAGAGAACAAAGCAACAACUCCUGAGACUUCUGAGACAAUGACAUCCGCACACCCUGAACCACCAACUACUUCUAUUACAACAAUGGCACAAACAGGAACAACACAAUCUACAGAGUCUGUCCCACCAGUCACCACCAAUGAAAUUACUCUAACUACCAACAUUGACCAUUCCACAACAACUUCAGAGACUUCCUCCAGUUCGCCUUCCACAGUCACUUCAGAAGGCUCUAGUUUUGCUCCAACAUCCCCAGAACAAAGUACUGAAACAGCUGUAACAGGCACUGGUACAACAGAGAACAAAGCAACAACUCCUGAGACUUCUGAGACAAUGACAUCUGCACGUCCAGAAUCACCAACUACCUCUAUUACAACAAUGGCACAAACAGGAACAACACAAUCUACAGAGUCGGUCCCACCAGUCACCACCAAUGAAAUUACUCUAACUACCAACAUUGACCAUUCCACAACAACUGUUUUGAGACAACUUCAGAGACUUCCUCCAGUUCGCCUUCCACAGUCACUUUAG